AUGGCAAGAGUUCCCUUUGAAGAGAAGACAAAUGAAGAAAGAGUGGAAGUGCCCAUGGGUAAAAAGCAGACAAGGGACGAGAGAGAGACUGUCUUAGACUAUUUAUUAAUGAUGAAAAAGCAGACACUUAAUUACAACCUAAAGUAUGACUUAACCCUGUGCAUGGAGAUUCUUCAAGGGAAAGAGAACAUAGAAGUAAAGGAGUUGAAAGAGGCUGUAAUUGACCUAUCUGAGGAGAAUGAAAAGUUAGUUAAAGCGUGUGAUAACUUACAAAUGAAAAUAUUAAAUAACACACAGUAAAGUGUAAGCAAUGCA